AUGGAAAAGAACAUCUGCUAUCGGCAACGAAGGAGAAAAGAAGUCGUCUACGACGAUUGCGUACUCGAGGGCUCCUUCUUCCAAGAAGCUUUGCUGAGUGAAGACGGGUUUCGCACGUCUUCUCGUCGUGAAAUGGAAGUCGUUACGGAGAGCUUCUACUUAAACCUUUCCCCUUCAUCAACUCCUGUGUCAAGCCCGAUCAUCUCCACUGGUGAAGCUCCACCAUGUAUUCUCCCUUCGGAAGUACGAGUCGCUAUCAGAAGCAUGAAACCUGGCACAGCCCCCGGACCUGUAUCAUAUGAGCAGACUUUCUUCGGGAAAGGUGACCGAGAGGACCUUCGGAACUACCGUCCGAUAUGCCUGCUGAGUGUGUCAUACAAAGUAACCACUAAGAUCAUCCUCACGCGCAUAUCUACGACGCCGGAUGAAGUCCAAUACCGAGAACAAGCUGGAUUCUGUUUUCAUCCGAUAGAAACACAAAUGGUGGAUGCACUCGAAUUUGCAGAUGUAUUUACAGAAGAUAUGGGAGUGUUGAAUCCUGGCCGAAUCAAAUUUGCUGAGUCGAUGAUACAAUUCAAAAAUGAAAAAACAGGGAAGCUGAAUACAGCUAACGCUUCGGAUCUGAACGGUUUAAACUGGCAGCGUCUAGGAAAUCGUCCUGGUAUAAAGAUGUGGUUCAGCGAUGGAAAGAAAAUGCGUUUUGGAGGUUUCAAAGAUUCUGAUCUUGACAAGAUCAAGCAGUUCGCCCAGAAGAACUGGAAAAAAGAAGUGGAGCAGAAUGAUCUCGUUUUGAAGGGCUGGAAUUACGGGAACUGUCAAGUAGAUGGACAGUCCGUAGAGUUCACUCUUGAUAACAAGCCGGUUUUUGAGGUGCCUCUUUCAAACGUAGCAAAUUGUGUUGGAAACAAAAGCGAAGCUACUCUUGAAUUCCACCAGAAUGACGAUUGCCCUACUUCGCUCAUUGAAAUGCGCUUUCAUAUGCCUGCUGACGUAGAAGAUGAGGAGUCGGAUCCAGUUGAGGAAUUUCGGAAAGCUGUGAUGGCCUUCGCUGGUAUUGAGACAGAGACCGGUCAGCCAGUUGCAUCUCUUCAACAGAUUUUGUGCACAACUCCUCGUGGUCGUUACGAUAUCAAAGUGUUUCCCAACCACCUCUCACUUCAUGGAAAAACUUACGACUACAAAAUCCCCAUCAAGACAAUUAUGCGGCUCUUUCUUGUGCCGCACAAGGAUGGUCGUCAUGUAUACUUUGUUAUUUCAUUGAAUCCACCUAUUCGUCAAGGGCAAACUAGGUAUCACUACUUGGUUCUUGAAUUCCUCAAAGAGGAUGAAAUCGAUCUGGAAUUGGGAUUGACUGAACAGCAACUGAAUGAACAGUAUGGCGGCAAAUUAGAAAAAGAGUUAUCCGGUCCUCUGUACGAGGUAGUGUCCAAAAUAUUUCGAGUACUUAUCAACAUGAAGAUAACCGUCCCAGGAAACUUCGUAGGGCAUUCUGGCACACCUGCGGUGAUGUGCGCGCAUAGACAAGCUUCUGGAUUUCUGUAUCCACUGGAAAAAGGCUUCCUUUACAUUCACAAGCCUCCUAUGUAUAUUCGAUUUGAAGAGGUUGCUUCAGUACAUUUUGCGCGCUCAGAUGUCUCCACGCGGUCGUUUGAUUUCGAGAUUGAGCUCAAAUCUGGCCAAGUCUUAGUCUUUAACAGUGUCGAAAAAGAGGAGUACAAUAAGCUGUACGACUAUGUUCAGAAUAAGCACCUUCGCAUUCGCAACGCGAAAAAGAUGGACAAGAACUAUGCUGAGGACCGUUUCGCAGGUUCAGACGAUGAGAUAGAUCCUUACAAAGAAACAGUGAAGGCUGAAGGCAAGGAGCGUACCGGUGCGGAUAGUGACGAUGAUUCAGACUCGGAAGACGAUGAUUAUGAUCUCGACGAGGACAUUAAGAAGCGCAAACAAAACCGCGACUCAAGUGAGGGAAGUGGGUCAGAACCCGAUGAGGAAUUCGAUUCUGAUGCGGGGACUAGUGAAAGUGGUUCCGGAGGGUCAGAAACUGAGGAAACACCCAAGAAAAAGAAGAAGAAGGAGAAGGAUGCAAAGGAACCGAAGGAGAAAAAGGAACGCAAGGAAAGAAACAAGGGCGAUGGUAAAAAAGGAAAACGGGAGAAGAAGGAUCCCAACGCCCCGAAAAGGGCUCAGUCUGCGUACUUCCAUUGGCUUAACGAAAACAGAACCAAAAUUAAGAAGGAAGGUGACACUGUUGCUGACGUUGCGAAAAAAGCUGGAGAAAUGUGGAAAAAUAUGGAUGCAGAAGCCAAACAACCUUGGGAGAAGAAGGCAGCUGCCGACAAAGAACGUUAUGAUGCUGAGAUGAAGGAGUAUAAAAAGAAUGGCGGAAAGGCAGCUUCGAGUACUGAGUCAAGCGGUGCAAAGAAAUCUUCCGGACCAUCACCUCUAAAGGCGAAGUCAAAAGAAUACAUCAGUGAUAGCGAAGAUUCCGAUGACGACGACGACAAGCCUUUGAGACCAAAGGAAAAGAAAGAGGCAGAAGUGAAGAAGGAACAGCCUAACUCAGAAGAGAACUCCGACGCUAGCGACUAA